CUCUCUCUCUGUCUCUGUGUAUCUCUCUCUCUCUCUCUCUCUGCAAACCCUAACUUCCCAAAUUAACCUUCCAAAUCCUCAAAAGAGUUUUUUCUUUUUUCCCCAAAACACAAACACUUCGAUCUCUUUCCUCUCUCUCUCUCUCUCUCUUAUCCAUCAACUACAGUCCAUUUCCGCAGAUCGACGACCCAGAUUUUUAGAUGCUACGCCGAAAACUCGUCGGAAUAGCGCUGUGAUUCUUAGUGCAAUUCGUAUUUCGUCUUCAAAAAUGACUUCUCGUAACCAGAACCGACCUCCCCGUAGUCCCUUCACUAAAAAGGAUGGUAAUGAGGAGGUUCCUUUAGACAAGCGUCGGAGAAUCGGAGCAGGAAGAAUGGUGGGGCCACCAUUGGCGGCAAGCAGGGGCCGUGGGCGGCAAGCGUUUUCCGAGGUAAACAGUAGACAAGAUGUUACGGCUACUAGUGAUGUGGGAAGUGGCGAGGGGUCGGAGUGUGGAACUGUGGAGUUUACAAAGGAGGAGGUUGAGGCAUUGUUGAAUGAGAAGUUGAAAGGGAAGAAGCUUGAUCCUCUUAAGGUGAAGCUGGAUAACGCGAUUGACUAUAUUAAGAGGCUCAAACUUUGCUUAAAAUGGUUCCAACAAGUUGAACAAAACCAUGUUCUUGAGAAGGAAAAGCUUCAAAGUUCGAUUGAAGCUGUUGAGAAGAAGUGCACAGAUACUGAGCUGGAGAUGAAAAACAAGGUGGAGGAGUUAAAUGUGAUUAUCUUAGACUUGCGGAAAACCAUCUCUUCUUUGGAAGAUAGAGUUGCAAAAGAAGAAUCAGAUAAGUUGGAUGCAAUCGAAUGUCAUAGAAAAGAAAAAGAAGCAAGAGUUGCUGGUGAGAAGUUGCAAGCUUCUCUUUCAGCUCAGCUUGAAAAAACUAGGCAGGAGAAAUUAGCUGCUGAACAAAAGGCAGCCUCAUUUGAAGAUAUGUACAAGCGAGGACAAGAAUACAAUGUGAGUUUACAACAGUAUAACGGCAAACUUCAAAAGGAUAAUGAAACAAUUAGUGAGUCACUCAAACGAGUUGAAAUGGAGAAAUUGACCAUUGUGGAGAAUCUCAGCAAUUUAAGGUGUCACAAUAAGGCAUUGCAAGACCAAUUAGCUUCAUUCAAAGCUUCACAGGAAGAGGUGAUAAAGCAAAAAGAAUCAUUAUCAAAUGAACUUAGAUGCCUUCGAGUGGAAUUGCAACAAGUGAGGGAUGACCGCGAUCGCCAAGUGACACAAAUGCAGGCUUUAACUGCUGAAAUAGUGAAGUACAAAGAAUUUACUGGGAAAUCUUGUGCAGAAUUGGAUAAUUUGACGAUAAAAUCAAAUGCCUUGGAGGAGACAUGUUCUUCCCAAAGGGAGCACAUUCGGACAUUGCAGCAUCAACUCACUGCUGCAAAUGAGAAACUAAAGAUGGCUGAUUUAUCUGCUUCAGAAACAAGGACAGAAUUUGAAGAGCAAAAGAGAACUGUGUGUGAACUACAAGAGCGACUGGCAGAUGCAGAGUUUCAACUUAUUGAAGGAGAGAAGUUAAGAAAAAAGCUGCACAACACAAUUUUGGAACUAAAAGGGAACAUUCGGGUAUUUUGCCGAGUGCGUCCUUUGUUGCCUGAAGAUGGAGUUGGAACAGAAUCCACAGUAAUUGCUUACCCUACAUCAACGGAAACUCUUGGCCGGGGCAUUGAUUUGGUACAAAGUGCAGGACAGAAGUAUCCUUUCACAUUUGACAAAGUGUUUUCUCAUGAGGCUUCUCAGCAGGAUGUUUUUGUUGAAAUAUCACAGUUGGUACAGAGUGCCCUUGAUGGUUAUAAGGUUUGCAUAUUUGCUUAUGGGCAAACGGGAUCAGGCAAAACUUAUACCAUGAUGGGUAGACCAGAAACUUCAGUGCAGAAAGGGCUGAUACCACGUUCACUGGAACAAAUCUUCCAGACAAGUCAGUCCCUUCAAGCUCAGGGCUGGAAAUACAAAAUGCAGGCUUCAAUGUUGGAGAUUUACAAUGAGACCAUCCGUGAUUUAUUGUCAACAAAUCGAUCAAGUGGUCUGGACAUGUCACGGACAGAAAAUGGGGCUCCUGGAAAACAGUAUACAAUUAAGCAUGAUGUGAAUGGAAAUACACAUGUUUCUGACCUUACUAUAGUUGAUGUUUGUAGCAUAAAUGAGAUAUCCUCCCUUCUACAACAGGCUGCACACAGCAGGUCUGUGGGUAGGACGCAAAUGAAUGAGCAGUCCUCGAGAAGCCAUUUUGUUUUUACAUUGCGUAUAUCUGGUGUAAAUGAGAGCACUGAGCAACAAGUACAGGGGGUGUUAAACCUCAUAGAUCUUGCUGGAAGUGAGCGCCUAUCCAAGAGUGGGUCAACUGGAGACCGUUUGAAGGAAACUCAGGCUAUAAACAAAAGUUUAUCUUCGCUGGCUGAUGUAAUAUUUGCAUUGGCAAAGAAGGAGGACCAUGUUCCUUUUAGGAACUCAAAACUGACAUAUCUUCUCCAGCCAUGCCUAGGUGGAGAUUCCAAAACCUUGAUGUUUGUAAAUAUCUCCCCUGAUCCUUCUUCAGUUGGUGAGUCACUUUGUUCACUACGGUUUGCUGCCAGAGUCAAUUCCUGUGAAAUUGGAAUUCCCCGACGUCAGACAACAGUGAAGCCUAUGGAUAACCGAUUGAGCUAUGGCUGAAAUUGUGUUCCUGGUAUUCAUGCAUUUUGUUGUCAGUCUUGCUGCAUUUAUAAUCUGCGCAGAGUAAUUGUUAUUUGUAUGAUUAAUGGUUGUAAUUUGUAUAAGGGGGUGGAUUGGUUGUAUCAAUUGUUUGUAGUGUUCUGUUUCUAGAAAUUACUAAUUUGUACUUUAGGUUUAAGUUUAGUGUCUUGAUUGAAUGAUGCAACAGAUGAAAUUAUCGACCUUGUGAGAUGAUCCUUCAAAAUUAUUUGAAAUUGUUCAUCAUUUGACGAGUACUGGUAUAAAGGAAUUAUUAUUAGCAUCA